UUCACUAUUCACUGUAGAGUUUGCAAGCUUUGCAAUGGAAGACACUGCAACCAUCCUCGCUCACAUUUCAUCCCUGAAGGAAAUGCUCGACCAGGUGAACGAAGAAAUUGAGGCGAAUAUUCAGGUAACACGAGAGAUAGAAUCGAGCAUCGUCAAAUGCGAGGAGAUUGAAAUUGAUCUGGAAAAUAAAGAAGCCGAGCUGAUCAAGACGAGUGGCAUACUACAGUUCGAGAACGUUGGAUUCGUCACCGUCGCUGCUGAUCUCAGGGCCUCGGUGAGUUCCUUGGAGAAGGAGCUAGGUUCUCUUAAAAUGAAGCGUAAUGAGAUUGUUAAUGGAAUGGAUGAAAAAAGGUGUGAAGCAAGGACUUUGUUGUCUGAGAAACACUCCCUUGAAAAUGAAAUUCAGCUUUUGGAUAAGAAAAAUGAUGUUUUGAAAAAUUCGGUUUUGGCAUUUGUUGAGGAAAUACUUGAAGAUCUUCAUAGUUCAAAUUCAGCAUUAGAAGUUGAGAUACAGAGGAGGAACUGGGAAAAUGAGAAAUUGCUCAAGGAUAUCAAUGAUUUGAAGAAUACACUACUUUCAGCAAUUGGGACCAGUAACUGUGCCAGCCAAAUGCAGCAACUGUAUCAAGACCUAGAAGAGCAUGAAGCAUCUGCUGUUACUCCAUUGAAUUUUGCAGGUGAAUGGGUCCCUGAAAGAUAGUUUUUUUUCUUGAGCAUGAGCUUUCCAGGCAUCAAGCUGUUAGAGGUAAUGCAGCUUUUCAUGUUUGGAUACAGUUGGCACCUCAGGUUUAAGCUGAUUCACGUGUGGCCACUUGCCAAAGUCAUUAGUCAAACCAUCAAGACUUCAUAUGCUUAUUAUCGAUUCUGAAUUUGUACGAUAACAUUACAAUAAUAAAUCGUUCAAUUUCGUACUCUCUAAUUCUUUUCCCCCGUAGGGACUGUUCGACAUCGUUCGUACCUGAAAAGAGACUUGCCCAUUUCAUCAUCUUGGCUAUCAAUAUGACAAAUGUGCGCAUUCAAGUUGCUUUUUUGAGAGGGGUCCGGUUUUCAUGCCCUUCCACUUUCUUCCUUGUUGACACUCCACGGUACGCAAUAGUGUAGACUGUUAUGUCACUAUCCAUUUCAGUGUAUGGGACCCGUUAUUCAUGCAUUGGUUCUGCUUCAAUAUAACAGUAAGAAACAAACUGGACCUUUCAGCUUAUUAUUGUCAUUAAAGUUGAUGAGUGGUAAACUUAUUCGUUAUUGCAAAUUACAAAUUUAUGCCACUUAAACAGGCUUAUAUCUAAACUCAACUUCCAUUCUGUCCUACUUGAAUUUCUUCAAGCUGUCAUAGUCUCGAGUUUCAA